UUCGACGGGGUGUCCUUUCUACUCUUGCAGCAGUGCUACACAGCCAGCGGAAAGCCUGCAGAAACAUGGAUCUUAUCAGUAAACCAAGAAGCAAGUCUAUCGUGUGGCUAUAUUUCGGCUUGAAAGCAGAUGAAAAGGGACAACCUUUGAACUCUGGCGAGGCAGUCUGUCGUUUAUGCCGAAAAAUAGUGCUUGCAAAAGGUGGAAAUACCACGAAUUUAAGAAGUCACCUGAGACGUCGACAUCGUGCAGAUUUUUUCGAGACCACUUCUUCCACGACAUCUGGAGCUUUGUUUGAGGCUCAAGCACAGCUGAGGGAGCUAUCAGCCAACAUUAUGAAUGCAGACCUGAGGGAUUCUCGUGAAAAUGUGGAUUUGUUUGAGCCUGAGAUGACAACUAAAGGUGAAAUCAUUCUGAAAGAAGAGGAUGAGUCACGAGAAGAGGAAGAAUGUGAGGUAAAUGCCACUGACAUUUCUAGACAUGCACUGGUAUCGGACUUCGAACUGAAUGAGCUUGAAGACAGCAGGACUGAAAUCAGUAAGGUUACAAAGAAGCAGACGACAUGGGCUGUGAACUGCUUCAUUGGCUGGUUGGAGUCCCAGGGGCUCCAGGUGGACCUGACUACAGCGGAGAAGACUGAGUUGAACGGGCUGCUGAGACACUUUUAUGGAUCAGUACGCAACAGCAAAGGUGAGCUGUAUGGGAUCGCUAGUUACAUUGCACUGAGAGCUGGACUUAACCGGUACUUCAAAGAGCCUCCCAUCAGUCGCCCUGUGUGCUUAAUGAGAGAUGCUGAGUUCACCUCCGCCAACAAGGUAUUCUUGGGAGUGCUGAAGAGAAUUAGGAAGUCUGGUCGAGACGUAACAUCACACCAUCAGGCACUGUCUCCUGAUGAUAUCCGCAUCCUCAGACACUCACGCGCGAUGGACACUAGCACUCCAAGGGGACUUCUGAACAAAGUCUGGUUUGAUGUACAGGUACAUUUUGGCCGCAGAGGGAAGCAGGCUAACAGGAAUCUGAAGCCGGAAUCGUUUCUGAUCAGAAAAGACGAGAGGGGUCUGAGAUACUGCACUUUAUCCUUUGGUGAUGAGACAAAAUUUCAAAUUGAGAAGGACCGAUGCUGUAUGUUUGAGAAGCCAGGCAGUGAAUUCUGUCCCGUUACUUCUCUCUUAAAGUACCUCAGCAAGCUUCCAACUAACGCAACCGCCCUGUACUUGCAGCCUAAGAAGGAGCUAACAGAUGAAAUGUGGUACAGUCACGUCCCACUGGGAGUCAAUUAUCUAGGCUCAAUGCUGGCCCGCAUGUGUAAAGAAGCCGGCACAUCGGUCAUCUAUACCAAUCACUGCGUCAGAAGCACACCCUUUCACCAACUGUGUGACGCAGGACUGGAGGAGAGAGAAAUUAUUCCUGUCAGCGUGCACAGGUGUGAAAUCUCCCUCCGAAGUCACCAGACGGCACCCCUCGCUAUCAGCUAUCAGCAGUGGAGCGAGAUAUUGCCAGAGAGUGGCUCAGCUGGCCCAGCAGCUCUGGAUUUAAACCACGAAGAAUUCUUCGAGGAUGCUCCGUUUCUCCAGACCACAUCAAACCAGAACUAUGUCCCAGACGCUGUGCUGCCGCCUGGGGAGCCUUGGCUCCAGGGUGGACCCUCGCGGGCGGUGCUAUCCCUGCCUUCCUGCCUGUGCCUGUGCGAGGACAUUGAGUCUGGGAAGUCUGGUCCUGGAUCUUCUGGUGAAGAGCAGAUGCCAGAGAUGAAAGUGUAUGCUAAAUGUCACCUUCAGCAGGGCGUCAUGUUUGGGCCGUUUGCAGGAGAAGUGUGCAGAGGACAAAUGCCGGCCAAUCUCAAAUAUGCCUGGGCUAUCAGGGAUGAUGCUGCGUUUGUCUACAUCGAUGCUUCUGAUGAAAACAAAUCUAACUGGAUGAGGUAUGUAACAUAUACCAGCAGUGAGAAGGAACACAAUCUGGUCAUCUUCCAGUUUUACCGUCACAUCUACUACAGGGUUACCCAGCCCAUCACCGAGGGAACAGAGCUCAGGGUCUGGAUCGGCAAGGAUUAUGCCACCUUGUUGGGCCUCGGGAUGGGUGACAAUGUUAAAUGUGAACUUGGAGACAAGGAGACCGUUCUGCGGCUCCUGCAGGACAUCCAAUUGGUCACUCUCCCAGAGCCUAGCAGCUCUUCCCUUUGGUCAGACCACAGCCAAUCACAGAGCCCCAUGCUUGUCAUCAGUGACGUGACGACAAUGUCUAACUUGGACGCAGCUAGUGAUUCUGCCAUGAUUUCUGGCUCUGCCUUCCCCUCCUCCUCCGUGAUCUCCUUCCCAUCCCCUAGCUCUCACAUGCUGGAAAAGUAUGAUUUUAUGCCUGGAACUGAGAAACUGCUGAGUAACCCAAACGCCUCACAGAACAGCCCGUGGUACUUCUUUGGAUUUGAGCCGGACCCAACAGGACGGCCUCUGGACCGGAGCACUGCGGUGUGUAAGCUGUGUUUGGAACAUGUGGGCUGUGGGGGGGGAGCAGUGGAUCUCCAAAACCAUCUGACCAACAAGCACCACAUCAGACCACGUGACAGUAACAGGGAGCGGAGUCUUCUGACAAUAGGUCAACAACGCUCACAGCCAGUGAUGGUUAACAGCGGUCUGGUCAGUACACUCCCCCUGGUGCUGUCUGCCCAUGUGACCGAAGCCAUUGCCAACUUUCUCAUCAUGGAUCUUCAGCCCCCAGGUUUGGUUGAAGGAGAAGGCUUCAAACAGUUGAUCCACACCCUCCUGCCCUCCACCAAGGAGCUGCCUUCACCUUGUCAGCUCGAAAACCUCCUGAAAGAACACCACACCAAAGGUAAGACGAACCUGGCUCAGCUACUGAGGAGGAAAAUGGGAAGUGGAGAAAACGAGGAGAUUUUGGACUACACUGCUCCCAUUGAGUUUGAGCCCAGGAGACGUGGGCGACCUCCGAGCCAUCGCAGGGAUGUUCCCCAUUUUGUCACUUUAAGUGUGGAUAUUUGGUUCCACAACUGGCAGGGCAACACCGAGAGGUACCUCACCCUCUGGGCACAUUACAUAGACUGUAAUUUCUGUUUUCAGAACAUGGCUCUGGCAACCCAAAGACUGACAGACAAUGACAAUGAUUACAGCCUUCCAGCAGUGGAGGCUCAAGUGAAAGUGAUGGCCCAGGAGUGGGGAAUCUCCCAGCCUAAUCUAGUCUUGCUGGGAGGGGAGGGAAGGAACAAGAUGAAGCUGGGGCCAGUUAAGAGCGAGAAAGGUGGAGACUGUGCAGGGAGCCUUCCUCACCCCAACUCAACAACGUUUCUUGAGAGGGACGACUCUGUGUCACCUGAGGAACCACACCGCUCCGAGCAUGGCCAUUCUAGUGAAGGACUACCAUCUGUGCCAUGUUUCUUCAGCGCUGUGCAAGGCUGCAUUGAGGAAGUAAUGUCACACCCCGUCAUCUCCAAGACCCUCUGCCAAUUCCAGGGCAUUCUCUCAAACCUGUUCCUGCCACCUGCUCAAAACAAGGGCUUGUAUCAGACCCAUCAACUGAGUCUGUUGCAGACACUGGUGAAAGAGGAACAGGCAGAGCUGAAGUCGUGGGCUCACAGCCGGCCAACGUGGAAUAAGCUGUACCCUCUACUGAGCACGCUCAUCAAACAUAAAAGCCUUUUCUGUGAUAUGAUAAAAGAGAUUAAAGGUGAAGGCUUGUCUAAAGAAGACACUUCGUCAGAAUCCAGUUCAUCUGGCAGCUGCCACGCAAACUCCACCUCCAACACGUCCUCAACAAGCGCUAUGACUUUGCGAUCUGAAUGGAAGGUUCUGGAGGAGCUGUGUUUGGUCCUCAAACCUCUGGACGUGGCGUGUCGGACUCUCGCCAAGGAGGCGUUCCCCCGCUUGUCCCUCAUCAAACCCAUUCUCACCGGCCUGCUCUCCCGCCACCUCAUGUCGAGGCCGGGGGAUUCGUCAUCUAUCCUAAAAGAAGUGAAGAGGAUGAUGAGGCGGAAAUUGGCGAGCUGUUACGACAACCCUGUUGUCAACAGGGUUCUGUGUGUGGCAUGUUCCCUCGACCCCCAGUUCCACGGGCUGGGCUUCAUGGAGGAGAAGGAGCAGACAGCCAUUUUUGAUUGGCUGAAGAAAGAGGCUGUCAGGAUUGUGAAGGAGGACAGCAGGAGAAGCCAAGGCAAGAUGCAAAGCCAGUGCAAGAGAAGCUCCUCACCCGGUUCACCGGAGUCAGAGAGUGACUUCCUGCGGAGGAGCAAGCGCCUCAAAGAGUCCCGCCCAAUCAACUUCAGAGAGAUGGAAGAUGAAGAUGAAGAGAGCGAUGCAGGGGAGGCCGACGAGAGCGAGCUGGCAGAUCCAGGCUCCCAGGGUGGGCUCACUGGUAUGGAGUUCCUCCUGGGAGACCUGUUCUGCUCUGCUCCCAGGAGCAGGCAGAACUCCGUGGAGGAGUCUAUAGAAAUGGAGAUGUCUGUGUUCAGAGCAGACAAGGGGGCUUCGCUGGGAGUGGAGCCCCUGCAGUGGUGGAGGACGAAGGCAGUGCAGUUUCCACUGUUGGCCACAGUGGCACGGGCCUACCUGGCAGCCCCAGCGGUGGCAGGUAACGCUGCACAGGACUUUGUGCAGGAAGGAGCGGGAGCCAUGUACAAGAAGAGAGCCAACAUUCCACCAGAAAGUUUGGACACAAUCUUGUUUCUGCACCACAACCACAUGCCCGCCACCGAGAGUGGGCAAACGGCAAUUAGGAAUGAUGACAAGAACAGUGGGAUUGAGAAGGUCUUAUAAACACACAAAGAACAUUCAUGGCUUUUUUCCCCCCAAGCUCUCGAUUGAACCCACUCAGCUACAUGUGUAACUCCUACCCUCAUCUAAAUUUAAACAAUAACUGUUCAAACCAUAAACCGAAACCCUAACACAAAGUGAUCCCAUCAAACAAAAUGAGGAACAGCACAAUAUCCCCACUUAGAACACAAACAGGGUGCUGAGGUUGGAGUGCACACAGAGGUACAUAUAGAAAAGUGUAAAGUAAGUGCAUAUUAGGAAUUAUUAUAUUUUGGGGGUUGAAGGUUUGGCUUCAUUGAACUAAAUGUUUAUUCAGCCCUAUUUGAGCAGCAAAUAAAAUGUAACUUUAGAGAUUAUUUUUUUCCCCUAAAAGAAAGAGGGGUGUAUUAUUUUAAUUUUUUAUUUCCUGGAUACUAAAGAGAGGAAAGACCGAGACAAAGAAAAUCUGCUUUGUGCUGUUUACAGUUUGGACUAUUAUACUUCUGAUCUACAUUUAACUUUGCUCUGUGUAUAAAGUACCCUGUAGCGCCUAGUGCCUUACCUCUUUGGGAUACAGUCAUAUAAUAGAUUGGUAGGUAUUCCUAAUUUCUAUUUUUGUGAAAACAAGUGUCUGAUAAAGUGUGUAGGUUGUCUGUCAAAACAUAUAUGAAAGUCCUCCAUGGUAGCACUGUAUGAAACUACUACCAUGUGCCUUUGCUUUUACAUUACCACUUGUUUUGUGUGUUGUGAAAUAAAACCCCAAAGAUCAAAUACUAGCUUAAGUGAAACCUAAAAUGUUUUUUAAAACAUUAACAUAGUUUGAUUCACUUUUUCAGCACUACAUUGUACACUGUUAACGUAAUGUAUGAAGCUUAUUAGCACAAUGUCUGUAUUGUCGUAGAUUGUGAUGUUCUUGACAUCUUUGCAUAAUCAUGUACAUGCAGAAUGUCUUCUGUCUUUGAUGUCUUACUGUAAUGGAAACAUACCUGUCGCAUACUUUUUUUUUUUUUUUUGAAUAAAAUAUGGAAUUUAAGCUGGU